CCGAGAUAUCCACGUAAGCUUAGCACACAGUUGUGUUUUUUUUUUCCCCCAACGGACCAAAGCCCAUAAGUCCAAAACCCUUGUCAGUUAGACUGAAACCCGGGUUUUCUUAGCCCACAGUAGCAGUGAAGUGAUUACCAUCACGAAAAGAUUCCUUCCACGAUGGCUGCUCACCACCACCAGCAGCUCCACCACUGCCACCCUACCACCACCUCCACCGUGUGUUUCUGCUACUAUUGCUCCCCCAACUACACCUCAUCUCACCUCCAUCCAGUUUCUGAUCCUCAUCCCCUUCACCAUCUCCACCACCCUCCUCAAACCUACUACUCUCCUUACGGAGACGGCUCAAAUCCAAAUCCACCAUGUACCACCCAAAGCGGUCACCAUCACCACCAUCAAGGACUGCAUUACCGCCCUCCUCCGACUGACCCGGAAAUAGAACGCUACUUUCAUCACGACCAGCAGAGAGAAUUAACCCACACCCACCCCAUUGUUUGCUCUCUUCUCCGCCGCAUAGCCGCCCUUGAGUCCUCCCUCCGCCACCACUCUUCUUCACAUUCUCACUCCCUGCGUGACUCCGCCGCCCGUAUCAUUCAAACCCACUUCAGAGCCUUUCUGGUUCGCAGAUCGAGAACCCUCCGGCAGCUCAAGGACCUUGCUUCCAUCAAGUCAACUUUCAACACUCUCAAAUCUUCCGUCUCAAAGAAUCCUCACUUAGAUCCUCAACUUCUGUUCCGCAAAGCCUUAGGAUUGCUGUUCAAACUCGAUUCCGUUCAGGGUGGCGAUCCAAUGAUUAGAGAUGGUAAAAAAUCAAUUAGCCGAGAAUUAACUGGCUUCUUGGAUUUAAUUGAUGGGGUUACCGUGAAAAAGUCUGAGAUAUCAGCUAAAAUGGUUACAAAGAAUGCCCCUAGGAAAUGUGGGGUUUUGUAUAAUGAGCAUAAAAGUGGCACCUUUGCUUGUCGUAAUUUGGCGAAGAAUAAGAGAUUGGAGGAUUUAGUUGACCGGAUUGAUGCAUUGUCUACUAAAGUUCCUAUUGGGGAUAUCGCGGUAGAUGAGGAGGAUCUUGAAAUCCCUGGCAUUUCACGGAAUAGAGCUGCCCGUUCAGGCCACCCAAGUGAUGGAUUAGGAGCUAAAGUGAAGAAGAGCGUGAGCUUUGUGGAGAACGGUAAGGUGUACAGGAUUCACAGAAAAGGGUUUGAACCAGUUUCAGUUGGGGACUGUGAUAGUAGUGGUGAUGAAAGUUAUUCAGUUGGUGCUGAGGGUGAAUUGAAGGACGACAUUCGAAGGAAGGCUGAGGAAGUUGGGGAGAUUUCGUUCAAGGAUACUCUGGCCGAAGAGGAAGAUGAAUCGCAGGAUGGGGAGUCCUCCAAAGGCAGCGAUGGUGUGGAAGGUCCAGGAUAUGAAUUGAGGAAUGAAGAUGGAGGUUUCACAUUCUCUGCACCUUUGCCUAUGAAGAUGGAAACAAAAGCUGAUAUCAUGGACAGAAGGAAGGGUGUAAAAAUAGUGGGGUAGGAAUGCUAGUGCAUGACAUUAGCUUGCUUGCUCCUAAAUCAGUUUUGUUUUGUGGUUGCUUGGUGGUUAGGUGUCAAGACUUUUGGUCCCAAGAUUGGUGUAUCUUGAUAAUUAAGUCUACAUUGACUCGAAGAUCACCUGAGCAAAUGGUUGAUGGGGGUCUUCUAGAUGUUCGUCUUGUAACAACUUUUCUGUUUCGUUAGUGUGAUUGAGAAGAGUGUAUUCUUGACUUCAUUGUUUGAUUGUAUUGACUUUUGAUCUAGACUAGUGGCUCCCCAAGCUGUUUAAAAUGCUACUGCUUGAAUUCAUCAA